AUGCCGACUGAAAAACCUGCGGAUUCGCAGGCGGCGGAUCGAAUUCGCUGGAGAGACGAGGAAGAAGGCCAUGGCCGCCGUAGGAGUCGUUCUAGACCUGGACUUAGUCGUGCCAACUCUACCGAUUCUCUCGCCAUACGGAGCAUUCAUGGCAGAGCCACAGUUGAUCCUGCCGUUACUUUGCCUAUUCAGUACCGCACUGUUUCGUUCCAAAUAGAGGAAUCAAAGGGCAAGGAACGAGCAGAGUUGGAACGGGCCAGCGAAGUUGCAGCCAAGGACCUUAGCGACCUUCAAUGGCACACGAUAACGGCUGCACAAGUCACCGAGCGGCUCGUAACUUCCGGACGGGACGGUUUAUCAGAGACCCAGGCCAAAAGAAGACUUGAAGAAUAUGGCAAAAACGCGCCAUCACCACCUAAAACAAAUCGAAUACUGACGAUUAUCGGAUACUUUUUCAAAGGAUUUGGAGGCGUUUUGCUUGUUGGCAGUAUUCUAGUCUUUGUAUCAUGGAAGCCUCUUGGGAAUCCGCCCCAGCUCGCCAACUUGGCACUGGCAAUUGUUCUUUUGGCGGUUUUCUUUAUUCAAGCUGCCUUCACCAUGUUCCAGGAUUGGUCAACAUCACGCGUCAUGUCCUCGAUCAAAGAUAUGCUCCCUGAGCAGUGCAAUGUAACAAGAGAUGGACAAUUGGUUCACAUCCAGGCUGAAGAUCUUGUUCCGGGAGAUCUGGUUACCGUCAAGGCCGGAAACAAGCUCCCUGCUGACCUGCGCUUUAUCGAAGUGUCGUCUGACCUGAAACUGGACCGGUCCGUUCUGACUGGAGAAUCGCGUCCCAUUGCGGGAACGGUUGAUCACACGGAUGUCAACUAUUUGGAAACUCAGAACAUUGGUCUGCAAGGAACCCACUGCAUUAUUGGAUCGGCUGUUGGCCUUGUUGUGGCGACGGGCGACCGAACCGUCUUUGGUCGCAUUGCGACUUUGACGAACGAGCCAAAGACUCAGAUGACAACACUUGAGAGGGAGGUUUUAUACUUUGUGGGCUUCAUUUGCGCAAUCAUGUUCACCAUGAUCAUUGCUGUUGUCAUUAUUUGGGCCGCGUGGCUACGACGAGAUCAUCCUGAUUUCAUCAACGUGCCGUCCCUGAUUGUCAGCUGCGUCAGUGUUGCUGUGGCAUUCAUCCCAGAAGGGCUCCCUAUUGCUAUCACGGCUGGGUUGACCAUCACCGCCAACUUGAUGAGAAAGAACAAGGUCCUUUGCAAGUCACUGAAGACUGUAGAAACCCUUGGCUCUGUUUCCGUUAUUUGCUCUGACAAGACCGGAACCCUGACUCAGGGCAAAAUGGCGGUAACGGAUUGCUCGGUCGGGUCGAAAAACCUCACAAUGGAGCAACUGCGCGAAACCAUGAGAGCUGGCAAUGUCAAUGAGAAAUCGGAUCCCUCCAAAACAUUUGGACAGCUCGCCGCUCUAGGUGCCUUGUGUAAUGGGGCGGAAAUGGACGCUUCCCAAACGGAGGUCCCCGUUGAACAAAGGAAUGUCUUUGGCGACGCAACUGAUACUGCAGUGUUGAAGUUCUCAGAGGCUGUGGCUCAGGGGAACAUUGCGUAUUUCCGAUCAUGCUGGCAACGAGUCUUCGAACUGGCAUUCAACAGCAAGAACAAGUUUAUGAUUCGAUGCUUCACUAUUAGCAGACCUGAGGCGUUGGAUCGGACACUACCUGCUGAUGAUGCCAGCCAGUUCGAGAACAAGGACCUACUGUUGACCAUUAAAGGCGCCCCGGAUGUCCUCAUCGAACGAUGUUCAUACUACCUGGCGCCUACAGGAGAAGUGCUUGAGCUUACCUUGGAGGCCAAGGCUACAUUUGAGCACAUCAAGAACAUGUAUUCUUCGCAAGGGAAGCGCUGCAUCUUGUUGGCGCGAAAACUCGUCAAGAGUGGUAGAAUUGAAGAUACUGCAGACUACGAGCCGUCGGUUAUGGAGGAGUCAAAGGGUGGACUGGUUCUCGUUGGAUUUGUGGCGAUUGUCGACCCCUUGCGACCAGAAAUCCGGGAAGUUGUUUCCACACUCCGCGGUGCCAGUAUCAGAAUUGCCAUGGUUACUGGUGAUUUUGCAUUGACAGCACUGGCCAUUGCACGAGAAGCUGGCAUCAUUACAUGCCUCCACGUCGACGGCGUAUCCCGCCUCGAGAGAUCUGCAGCGACAGAAUUUGCGUCCAGCUCUGACGACACCGAAGAUGAAAAGAUGGUUGCUGGCAAGCGAGGGGCCCUAGUCAUCAGUGGUCCUGAGCUGACAACACUGACCGACCACCAGUGGACUAUUCUGACAGAAUAUGACGAGGUGGUGUUCGCCAGAACUACGCCGGAGCAGAAACUGCGUAUUGUCCGGGAGUACCAGAAGCAAAACGUCGUUGCCAUGACUGGCGACGGUGUAAAUGACGCGCCAUCUCUUAAAGCAGCUGAUGUUGGUAUUUCGAUGGGCAGUGGAUCUGAUAUUGCUAUGGAAGCAGCCGACAUGGUGUUGCUCGACUCGUUUUCCUCGGUUGUGGUGGCGGUUCAGUACGGGCGAGUGGUGUUUGACAAUUUGAAAAAGGUUAUCGCAUAUCUGCUCCCUGCGGGUAGUUUCUCGGAAUUCUGGCCGGUCAUGACAUCCGUCGUGUUUGGCCUGCCGCAGAUUUUGUCCUCUUUCCUCAUGAUUAUCAUUUGCUGUUUUACCGAUUGUGCAGCCGCAACUGUUCUUUCAUACGAAAAGCCCGAAGCGGACGUUCUCCUCCGACGACCGAGAAACGUCAAGAAAGACCGCCUAGUCAAUUGGCAGUUAAUAUUUCAAGCUUACGGAAUCAUCGGUGUCCUCGAGACGCUUGCUUCCUUCGCCAUGUCAUACUGGUACUUGGAACGACAGGGCAUUGCCUUCAAAGACCUGUGGUUCAGCUUCGGCCAGCUGCCCCCAAACGUUACUCAAGAAUACUACAACCAAAAGCUGAACGAGGCGUCAUCCAUUUACUUUGUGACCUUGGUGGUGAUGCAGUGGUUCAACCUCAUGGCCACUAGAACACGGAGACUCAGCAUCUUUCAGCAUCCUCCCUUGUUCAACAAGGCGACGCAGAACUGGUAUCUAUUCCCUGCCAUUGUGUUUGCCUUGGUCAUGGCGGUGAUUUGGCUGUACCCUCCUUCGCUGCAGCCUAUCAUCCAGACGGCGGGUGUUCCUGUGGAGCAUUGGUUUUUGCCGUUUACGUUUGGUCUUUUUAUCAUUUUGCUUGAUGAGGGUAGGCGGUUCUGGGUUAGGCGUUGGCCGGAUGGUAUUGUUGGCAAGAUGGCGUGGUAG